AUGCAACCGCUGUUGCCAAAGCUGAAAUAUGACCAAAGAUUUGACGAGGCAUUCAAGCAUGUCUUCGGCAAGAUUGUCGUCUGUCCCGACCUGACUGCCUGCAAGAAGAACGCAAAGCAGUACAAUGUUCGUGCAUACACUCUCGACGGAGACAACGCUUCCCG